AUGUCGAAGCUUGUGAAAUUUUCGCCAAAACGGGAUAGUUUGUUUGAAAGACUGAAACAGGAGCUUGCUCCUGAAACACCGGGGUUCAGAACAUUGUGUCCGACGCGUUGGACUGUAAGGGCAAACAGCUUGCAAAGUGUUGUGGACAAUUAUGAAGUGCUGCAGGAUCUUUGGGAGGAAUCUUAUUCAUCAGUUAAGGAAACUGACAUGAGAGCUAGGAUUAAAGAUGUAGACGCGCAGAUGAAAUCUUUUGACUUUCUGUUUGGUGUUAUGCUAGGACAUUCAAUCAUGGCUCACACGGACAAUUUAAGUAAAGCACUGCAGCAUCAAGAUCUCUCAGCAUCAGAAGGCCAAGCUAUGGCUCAGUUGACACUUGAAACGUUGACAAAACUGAGAAGUGAUGAAAGUUUCAGUGAAUUCUAUGAGAAUGUGAAAGAAAAGGCAGAAACUCUCGAUGUGAAUGAACCAUCAGUGCCGAGAAAACGAAAAAUGCCGAAACGAUUUCAGUUCGGAGAUGCAGAGCAUUUCUUUCCACAAACAGAAAGCGACAUGUAUAGGCAGAAAUACUUUGAAGCAUUGGACUUAUUCAUAAACUGUGUGAAGAAUCGAUUUGAUCAGCCUGGAUAUAAAGUGUUUAGGAAUGUUGAGGAACUUCUUAUCAAAGCAGUGCAGUCAGAGUUUGGGAACUACAGUGAUGAAUUCAUGUUCGUGACACAGUUCUAUGAAAAAGACAUUAAUAAGGACUCUUUGAAAGUGCAGCUGGAAACUUUGAAAACAUAUUUUGCACAGCAAGACAGUGGCUCCAUAAAUCUGUCUGAUAUAUUUGAAUAUCUUCGCAAGUUGAAACCUCCCAUGCGAUCAAUCUAUUCAGAAGUUGUGACGCUCGUCAAAAUUUUAUUAGUAAUUCCAGCAACAAAUGCUACUAGUGAAAGGACAUUUUCUGCUCUGCGAAGAAUAAAAACAUAUCUUCGGAGCUCUAUGACACAGGCUAGACUCAACAGUCUCAUGACUAUGCAUGUGCAUAAGCAUAGAACAGACACUCUCGAUAUGACCUCUAUUGCAAAUGAGUUUACUACUAGGAAUGAAAAACGUAGAUGUGUUUUCGGUAAAUUUUAA